AUGGCCACCGACAACAAGCAGCUGCAGCAGCCCGCGCCGGGCCUCGAGGCCGAGCCGCUGCUGCCCGCGGACGUGCACGACAUCGCCGAGGAAGGCUCCGACAUGACGCGCGACAUCUUCUUCGCCAUCCUCAAGGAGACGCAGGACGGACCGCCGCGCCCCAAGUCGCUGCCCGACCAGAGCGAGAUCCUGCACGAGGACAUCGGCAAGGCGUCGGACAUCGCGCGGCCCGGGGGAUUCCGGCGCGACCACGUGAUCGCCAACCUGGGCAACAGUCCGCACGUGCCGGCGUACGUGCAGGACUCGUUCCUCGAGUCCAUCCAGCCCACGCCGGGCUUCCUGCAGUCCGCGUACGGAGACUUCAUCGUGGCCAGUCUCGGACUCGCGGACGACGACGACGACUCUGACGAGACAGCAACGCCGCUGCUGAGUCGUGCGUGGAAGCGUCGGCCGGAGAAGCAGCAGCCCGGCGCGACCGUGGGGAAGACGGUGUUCACGAUCCUCAAGUCGUUCAUCGGUAGCGGCAUCUUGUUCCUGCCCAAGGGCUUCCAGAACGGAGGCAUGCUCUUCUCGCUGUCAGCGCUGUGCGCAUCCGCCGUUUUGUCCACCUUCUGCAUGCUGCGGCUGACGGAGUGCUCCAACGUGCUGCUGCGCGAACCGGGUCGCACUUCUGUGUCGUACGGACUGGUGGGAGAAAAGGCGUUCGGCAAGGUUGGUCGUGUGGCUGUCAACAUCUCGCUCGUGCUCUCGCAGAUCGGCUUCUGCUGCUCGUACCUGAUCUUCGUGGAGAAGAACAUCGGCGAGGUCAUCUUGGCCAUCUUCGGGGUCCAGCGGACGACUGCGUCCUCAUCAUUGACGCUGCUUGCGCUGCAGAUCCUGCUCUACACGCCGCUCUCGUGGGUGCGUCGCAUCGAAUACUUCGCGCUCACGAACCUGUUCGCCGAUCUUCUCAUCCUGUUUGGCCUCGUCUACAUCAUCACGUACUCGGUGCAAACUAUCGAUGACGCGCCCGUGGGCACUGCGACUUGGGAGAACUUCAACUCGACCAGUUGGGCCAUGAUGCUGGGUACUGCCGUGUACUGCUUCGAAGGUAUCGGACUCGUGCUGCCCAUUUACGACGCCAUGGACGAUGACAUCAAGCACAAGUUCCCGCGCAUCCUGUCGUACUCCAUGCUGUUCCUCGUGACGCUGCUGUCCGUGUUUGCCGGUCUGGUGUACGCCGCAUUCGGCCAGGAGACACAGUCGGUUGUCACGCUGAACUUGCCUAGUGCCCAAGACAGCGUCACCACGAUGUCGGUGCAGCUGACGUACUCGCUGGCACUCGUGUUCACGUACCCGCUGAUGCUGUACCCCGUGGUGAAGAUCCUGGAAGGCUACCUGUUCCCUGCCCACAGCCAGAAGGGCUACUGGCGCUGGGAGAAGAACGGCUUCCGCUUCGCGCUCGUGUGCCUUACCGCUGCUAUCGCGUACUUCGGCAAGGAAGAGCUGGACAACUUCGUGGCCCUCAUCGGUGGGUUCUGCUCGGUGCCGCUGGCAUUCAUCUACCCGUGCCUCUUCCACUCGCGUCUUGUGAACGAGAGCCGCACCCUAAACAACAUCGUUAUCACGGUGGGCAUCUUCACGAUGACCUUCGCGACGUACCAGGCUGUGUCGACGUGGAACUGA